AGAGGUGCUGCCCGCCACCAUGUUUGUCCUGGUAGAGAUGACGGACACAGUGAGGAUUGCUCCCUGGCAGUUUGAGAGGAAACUGAAUGAUUCCAUUGCGGAAGAGCUAAACAAGAAAUUGGCCAAUAAGGUUGUGUACAAUGUCGGCCUCUGCAUCUGUUUGUAUGAUAUCACAAAGCUGGAGGAUUCAUACAUUUUCCCUGGAGAUGGUGCAUCUCAUACCAAAGUCCAUUUCCGCUACGUGGUCUUCCAUCCCUUCUUGGACGAGAUCCUCAUUGGACAGAUUAAAAGCUGCAGUCAGGAUGGUGUUCACGUUUCUGUUGGAUUCUUUGAUGAUAUUGUCAUCCCACCAGAAUCGCUGCAGCAGCCGGCUAAGUUGUAUCCCUUGAUCACCUUUGAUAACUUUACUACUUCAUUUCAAAGGAUUGUGCAGUGCUGGCCCAACAGCAUUCACUGCUGCAACAAUGGAGGUGCUCAGUGGCAGAAGCUAAGCCGUUGUGUCAGCGAUGAAGCAGAGCAGGUGUGGGUGUGGGAAUAUGAGACAGAAGAAGGGGCCCACGACCUUUACAUGGACAUUGGGGAGGAGAUCCGCUUCCGAGUUGUGGAUGAGACAUUUGUUGAUACAUCCCCGACGGGUCCAAACUCUGCAGAGGCUUCCGCUUCCAAUGCCACAGAAGAAGUCCAGAAGAAAGAGGCACCCUACACUCUUGUGGGAUCCAUCAGUGAGCCAGGCUUGGGCCUCCUGUCAUGGUGGACAAACAGCUAGCUGCCAUCAGAGCCUGCUCCACAGAAAGUCUUUCCGGUGGAUGUUUGGGGGAUAAUGGGAUCCUGCUGGUGCUCAUUGCUCCUCUGAAGCUGAAUGAGAAAUUAGACCUGCCAUUCUGUGUUUUCCCCUUCAGCUUCCAGCCUGCCAGAUAGAGACAAGUUGCUUUCAAGAAAUGUCUCCACUCAUCUGUAGAAGUGAUUUUACAGGCACAAAAAGCCCUGAGCGCAGCAGCAAGAAACUCAGCUGGAGCUUUGGUCUCCUGCCCUGCAGGGAAAACUGGGGAGGUCUUUGCUUGUCUGAAUCUAGAAGGGAGUUGCCUUCAGUGAGUGAAAGCAGGAGAGAAUGCCUGUCAAGGAGGUUUGCUUCCUUGGGCUGAGAGCUUGAUCUCAGAGGGGUAGAAAUCUGCCCUUCUUUUGACAGGAAAUGAAACAAGAAAACACUGGAGUUAAUGGAGGUGUGGUACCUGGAAAAUGCUGCUGCCAGGAGAGGUGGUGGUGGUGGUAAUGUUCUGCUGGGAAUAGGGAGUUCAUCCAUGGAUGAAGUCAGUCAAAAAGAACUGUUAAUAGUAGUUUACCUAAAAGUAACUUGGGCUCUGUGAAGAUGGCCACCGUGGAAUGCUAGAUGCUGCUUAUUGUGCUGAAUGGAAAUACUUUAUUGUACAAGCUGUAUUUACAUAGAAUGAGAUAAACUUUGCAGGGGUUCAACUGAAAAUAGAUAAUUAUGAACUGAAAUGGACCAAGGCUGCUAUGAACAAGCCAAAUACUUGUUCAUGGGGGUGUGUUAAUACAAGAAAUGGAAUAAAUAGUAAAAACCACA